AUGAGAGUCCUUCUUGCCUCUGGGCCAUGCGUCGAGCCAACAUUGAGGCAUCCUCGUGAUUCAACCCGACAUGCCCACCCUCGCGACAUCAAGGUGGCGUACUGGCGACAGGCUGGACUCAGCUACAUCCGGUGCUCCCAGAUCUGUGCAAAAGCAAUGAGAGAAGCACUGAAGGCCGAGUUCAAAGCAAAUGCUGAGAAGACUUCUGGCAGCACUGCAAAUAUUGUGAAACUGAAAAAAGACUAAUCUACCCUGGCUAAAGCUUGAAAUGCUACAUUUUCCGAGGUGAAGAUGUGUGGAUCCAUGUUACGACAGAUUGAAAACGAUCUCCCUGCAUGAAAAGAAAUCCUGUCUUGUUCUCGAUUGACAAUGCCAAUGAAUUAAAAUAUGGUUC